AUGAUCCUGAAGCUGAAGAAGGACAUCGUAGGCUUGGCCAACGGGCUUCCCGCGCCAGAGCCCAGAAAGAAGACAGGCUCGGCUCUCGAGACCAUGCGGCGUGGCUUCAGAACCCGCGCUGAGACUCGAGUCGAAGUCAGAGGCAAGGAAGCGCGGAGGAAACAAGCCGAGGAGCUCGUUGACGGCCUCAAAGGUUUCCAGGAUCGCCUAAAGACCCUCAUGCCCGACGAUCCGGCAGACGAGGACGAAGAGGAGGACAAGAAAGAGGCCGAACCGGGGACACUGGCCUCCUACUGGGAGGAAGGUGACGAGGAAGCGGACAAGGAUUGGCUCAGCGGCUCUGGUCUCAAGUUCCACACAUCGGGAGACAAGGCCUUCGAAAUUGCAGCGCGCAAGGCCCGUGACUCUCUGGAAAUCUUCGAUCCGAUCGCGGCCACCGGCAACUCCGAGGCCCUGGCAGCUGCAAGAAAGCGGCGAAACGACAAGCUGGUGCCUUCUAUGCGGCGGCAGAACCCUUUGGAGAAAUGGUAG